AUCCAACAUCAUCUGUUGAUCAAGACAAAGUAAAGCAAAAUUAUAGUACAAAUGACUCCUGUGGGGCAAGUGCUGCAGCUGCUGACAUGUGCUACGAGACUAACGUAGGUGAUAGCCAGGAACUGGAUCAUAAAAAUGGAAAUAGCUUGGAGUUGAUGGACACAUCAUUGCAGCUAGCUGAAACUGCUACCAAUGACCUAAAUAAGGGAGUCCCCCAAUUAACAUACCUGGAUGAAUGCAGCCCCACAAACAUUCCAGUUUGUGCCUAUCCUGAACUGUGUGAGGUACCAGAUAACUUAACUUCAGCUGAUGUUUUACCAUUUGAAGGUUCCAUGAAUCAAGAUAAUCUGACAGAGAAUCAACCUAGCAAUGAUAAUGUAAACCAUAGCUCUCAAAAUAUGUCCUGCUCCACAUACAGCAGACUUGUAAUUUCACCAAAGAAAGAGAACUUUGAGAGCAGCAUUACAGAAAGGGAACUUUCCUCUGAGAGUUGGACAUCAAGGGAUCCCUUGUCUUUAGGUGAAUGCUGUGACUUUGAGGCUGAAAAUCUGCUCAUGUGUGAGAUGGCUAGAUCAGUGCACAGUAAGGGUUUGUCUGUGGCUCAUAACAUUGCUGCUGGAGAAGACAUCAUGGGUGACGAUGAGGACAACAACCAAUAUUGUGACCUCCAAGAGAAGAUGACAGACAUUGAUGUUGGUGUGGUUGAGUCAAACAUUGCCAGCUGGAGGUCGAUUCAAGAUCUUUCAGAGGCAGGAGGGGGUGAGGAUGAUGCAAAUAACCUUCAAAAUCCAGAGAGCAAUCCGCUCAUACAUUGCAGUUCUGAUAAGGGUCUGGUGUCAUCGUGGAAUGAUCCAGAAAAAACUUGCAUACCCCUAAUUUUGAGUGGUCCAUCAGAACUUGCAUUGAAUAUGCUUUCAGAUGAUGGGAAAGAUGUGAAAGAUCAAACUCCAAAUACAGACUUCAACAUUCCAGAGGAUUUAUCUUCAGACACAAUAAGGAGGGAACGUGCUGAAAUAACUUCUGAACAGCCUCAGGAUCUGGAAUAUUGUCAAGAACCUGAUAAUGUCACAUUAUCAUCAACCAUUUUCCAUGAACACACUGAUCUCUGUGGAUCUUCUUCAAAAACACACCUUUCCAACCAAUCAGAUAAUCUUGGCCUAGUUUCAAACCAGGGUCAUUCAAAUUCUCAACAAAUUACCCAAACAAACACUGACUCUGUCUCGCAAAACAAGCUUGCAUUCAACUUGCAAGGGGGAUCGUUUGGCACCUUCACAUUCAGAAAGAAACCAACUGAUAUAAAGCCUGUUGACUCCUCAGAAGCAACAGUUCUCCAACAAAGUUCUGUCUCACAUAAAGGAACAGCAAAUUCCAAUGAUGGGGCUUCAAUUGAGGUUAUGGUUGAGAAAGUAUUUCAAUUGAGAGCAAACAUCAAAAAUGAAACUGUAAAAGAUGAACCUAAACGCACUGACAGACAACUUCUUGAACAAGAGACUACAACUGGCCCUCAGGAUCAGGAGAGUGAGAAAGUUGACUCACUUGAGAGGGCAGAAAAAGGAACAAAAACAUGUCAAAAGAGAGAGGCACAAUAUUUUACAGAGACUGUUUCUUUUCUGGAACAGAACAAAAAGAGUGACGGUGAUUCAGAUAAAUCAGGACUUUUUCAAGCUGAGAGUGAUGAGGCAACACUAAAAACAGCACAUAAUGCUAAUUCAGGUCAUGCCACAAAACCAAAGGUAAUUGAUCCCCUUAAAAGCAGCAUUGCCGUUUUAGCCUCAAUGGAUAAUACAAAGAUCCAGUGCCAAGGAAAGGAAAUGGAGACUACAGGUAAUCAAGCGGCAAGCUUUGAUAUAUAUUCAAUGAGAGAGGAAUUUGGUGAAACUCAGCAUAAAGAGGAUGUCUCUAAAGCAGAGAACACUGAACCUGUUCAAACACCAGAACAGUCCAUUUUUCACUCUCCUGACCCUAGCUGUAUUGAUCCAAAUGAGUCUGUUCAUACAGAGCCAGUGGUUGCAACUCAGACGACAGACCUUACAAGGCCAGAUGGGCAGAAAGAACUUUCAGACAGUUCUUUGAGCAGUGCAAGUUUGACAGAAAGCACAAGAGACAUCAAUGACAAUCACGUAGGGGGCAGUUCAUCCCUCAGGGUGGACAGCUCAGAACAAGACAGGGUCUCUCCCACAUGUUCAUACACAGUUAUCCAGGAGGAGGAUCUCUCUACCCCCAUUCAGGAGUCACAGCCUGUCCAUAACAUUUCCCAAACAUCUGCCAUCUUCUCACAUAUUCAACCAGCUCCAGAUAACAAACCCAGCCAGCCUGACUCUGAAAGUCCCCUUCCAACCACUGGAAUAUGCAAUAUGGAAUUAGCAGCAUGGGAAUCUGUGGAACAAACACAGACUUUGCUUCUUAUUCAAGACGCUUGCCAUCAUGAAAGUCAGAGAACAGUCAUGACAGCAAAACCAUGCAGACGUGAGAACCCUUCAGUAUGUAUGGGACACCAAACAGAACAGUGCAAACCCACAACAUCCAUUGGACAGAAUGACAGUACCCCUGCCCAAAGAACACUGAAUCAGUCAGAUGAAAGAGAGACCCUAACCUGCAUCAGUCCAAGACCAGACUCCUUGGUAAAAACUCGGCAAAACCAAGCUGAGCGACAGAGUAUAGAGCAAGUUAUAUACCCAAAUAGCUACAGAUCAAAAGAGGACGUGGAUCUCCCCUUCAAAAACAACAUAGGUUCAGGUAAUGAAACAGACAGUGAUGGUUCAGUGCCUGAGCUUGAGGAACCCAGUGGGACAUUGCAACGACCCUCAAAUCCACAGUUAUCACACUCUCUUGCUGAUGAGUCUGUCAGCAGAGCUAAGCAGAGUCGAAGUGAGAAAAAAGCACGAAAGGCGAUGUCAAAGCUUGGGCUGAAACAGAUUCACGGAGUGACACGCAUCACCAUUCGGAAGUCCAAGAACAUUCUCUUUGUUAUUACACGUCCAGAUGUGUUCAAAAGCCCUGCCUCAGAUAUUUACAUAGUCUUUGGAGAGGCCAAGAUCGAGGACCUCUCACAGCAGGUACACAAGGCAGCGGCAGAGAAAUUUAAGGUUCCUCUUGACCCCUCACCUCUGCCAUCAGACAUCACUCCAAGCCUGACCAUAAAAGAAGAGAGUGAGGAAGAAGAGGAGCUGGAUGAAGGUGGGCUGGAGCAGAGAGAUAUCGAGCUGGUGAUGGCACAGGCCAAUGUAUCUCGAGCUAAAGCAGUCCGCGCACUGCGCCACAACAAGAAUGACAUUGUCAAUGCCAUUAUGGAGCUGACCAUGUAAGAAAGGAAAAGACAUCUUCCCCGCCCCUUGCGUGUUUUCUUUCCCAAGUAAUGCUGCUAUACUGCACCCUCCUGCUGAAAUAAAUCUGUUACAACCAGA